GGGGGAAACGUCGCAGUUCGUCGAGGAGCCCUAAGCCCAGCAAAUCUUCCCGCUCCCCGCGGGGUCGCCGCUCUCGCUCGCGCUCUUGUUCUCGGUUCUGUGAUCGGAAUGGCCUGAGCCAUUCGCUGAGUAGCUUCAGUCAAAGCUCUCGACCAUGGCCAAGCCUGCUGGACAAGGAGAGGGAGGAGAGUCUGCGGCAGAAGAGAUUAAGUGAAAGAGAGAGAAUUGGAGAAUUGGGAGCUCCUGAAGUUUGGGGACUUUCUCCGAAGAAUCCUGAACCAGACUCUGAUGAACAUACACCAGUAGAGGAUGAAGAGCCAAAGAAAAGCACUACUUCAGCAUCGAGUUCAGAAGAUGACAAGAAGAAGAAAAGGAAAUCUAGUCAUUCAAAAGAAAGAUCCAAGAAAAAGAGAAAGAAAAAGUCAUCUAAAAGAAAACAUAAGAAGUAUUCUGAAGAUAGUGACAGUGACUCUGAAUCUGAAACAGACUCCAGUGAUGAAGAUACAAAGAGAAGAGCAAAGAAAGCUAAGAAAAAAGAAAAGAAGAGGAAACGGAGAAUGAAGAAAUACAAGAAAAAGAAGUCUAAGAAGAACAGAAAAGAGUCCAGUGAUUCAAGCUCUAAAGAGUCCCAAGAAGAAUUUCUAGAGAAUCCUUGGAAGGAUCGAUCAAAGGCAGAAGAACCAUCUGAUCUUAUUGGCCCAGAGGCUCCCAAAACAAUUACUUCCCAAGAUGAUAAGCCUUUGAACUAUGGCCAUGCUCUGUUACCUGGUGAAGGUGCAGCUAUGGCUGAAUAUGUAAAAGCUGGAAAGCGAAUCCCACGAAGAGGUGAAAUUGGCUUGACAAGUGAAGAGAUUGCAUCAUUUGAAUGUUCGGGCUACGUAAUGAGUGGUAGCAGGCAUCGCCGAAUGGAGGCUGUGCGUCUGCGGAAAGAGAACCAGAUCUACAGUGCAGAUGAGAAGAGAGCCCUUGCAUCCUUUAACCAGGAAGAAAGACGGAAGAGAGAGAACAAGAUUCUGGCCAGCUUUCGAGAGAUGGUGUACAGAAAGACCAAAGGGAAGGAUGACAAGUGAGGACUUUCUGACAUUACAAGUGGAUAUUUUUAACAUCAAAAAGGAAGUUGUGGUUUCUAGACAUAAAAAGGUUAUUGUUUUGUU